AUGUCACUGAUGGAGCUUCCAAUAAUCAUGUACUUAACUCAAAGACAAGUCACUAGUGGAGCUUCCUAUAAUAUAACUCAAGGACCAGCUGUUAAAGUCUGUCUAGAGAAUGCCUUUGAUGUCGAAGAAGAGUCCCAAUUUUAUAGAGGAAUUUCUUUGAAGUUGAAAUAUUUUCUUGAUGAAGUCUUACAUAUAAUUGAAGGAUUUCUUCGACCUAGUAUGCAGCUCGAGAGAAUUAUUACAGCUAAUGUAAUUGAAAGAUAUGUUAAGAAAGUAACAUGCUUAUCUCAUUUCACGGUUUCAUAUUUGACCGGAAGUAACAAAUCAGUUGGUGCAGUUGCACCAAAGUUUCAAAAGGAAACUUUGGAAUCAUUUCGCUCUGGGAAGGUCAACCUAUUAUUUGCCACUGAUGUAGUUGAGGAGGGAAUUCAUGUCCCAAGCUGUUCCUGUGUAAUCCGUUUCGACCUGCCCAAGACAGUCCGUAGUUAUGUCCAGUCCCGAGGACGAUGUCGAACAAGCGAUUCUCAGUUCAUCUUAAUGCUUGAAAGGGGCAACAAGAAACAAAUAGAUCAAGUAUUUGACGUCAUCAGGAGCGAGUAUUCAAUGACAGAGACGUCAAGAAACAGAGACCCUGAAGUAUGCAUUUUAAGAAAUUGUAAUUUUGAGGAAACAAAAGCAUAUUAUGUAAAUGCUACUGGAGCAUCAGUUACAGCCGAUUCUAGUGUCAGUCUCAUACAUCGAUACUGCGAAAAGCUCCCUGGCGAUAAGUACUUUAUUCCAAAGCCAACUUUCGACUUCGAAAUGUCUGAAGGGUUGUACCAGUGCAAAAUAACAUUACCUCCUAAUGCAGUUUUUCAAACAACAGUUGGUCCUCUGAGCAGCAACACUCAUUUAUCAAAGCAGCUCGUAUGCUUGGAAGCUUGUAAAAUGCUCCAUGAAAUGGGAGCCUUGGAUGGUCAUCUUCUCCCACUUAUCAAAGAGCCUUCAGAAAAUGAUCUCAUUACAAAAAGCAAAGAAUCAUCUGCAGGUGCAGGAACGACUAAAAGGAAAGAACUGCAUGGGACGACUUGCAUUCAUGCGUUAUGUGGAACUUGGGGAGAAAAACUUGAUGGUGAAAUUUUUGAGGCCUAUAAAUUUGACUUCUUCUGUAAUAUUAAUGAGACAUACUCGGGAUUUGUUCUACUGAUUGAGUCAAAGCUUGAUAAUGAUGUGCAAAAUAUUGAAGUGGAUCUUCAAUUGAUUUCAAGGAUGGUUAGAUCUUCUGUUUCUUCUUGUGGAAAAAUGCACCUGAGUGCAAAAGAGGUAAUGCAAGCUAAGUGCUUUCAAGAAUUUUUCUUUAAUGGCUUGUUUGGGAGAUUGUUUUCGGGAUCCGAAUCAGAAGGGACAAAGAGAGAGUUUUUACUUCAGACAGAAACAAAAUCACUAUGGAGCUCAUCAUAUAUGUAUUUGCUUUUACCAAUUGAGACAUUGGACACUUCUAAUACCAAUCCUUGGAGAGUGAAUUGGAUAGGAAUCAGUUCUUGUGCUAAUGUGGUAGAGUUUUUGAAGAAAAACUAUUCCGUGGGUCCUGAGCAUUUUAACGGUGAUCAAGGAAACUUAUCGCUUUCUAUGACUGGUUCAUCCAUGACAGAGUGCAUGGCUUCAGAUCUAAUCCACUUUGCUAAUACUUCAAUUGAUGUUCAUAAUCUCCAAGAUUUGUUAGUAUUGGCUACUCACACGGGAAGAAUCUAUUCAAUCGUUGAAGUCAUUAGUAGCGAAUCUGCUGAAAGUCCCUUUGAGGAAGCUGUUGAUGCUGCCUCAUUACAAUACAGCUAUGCUGAGUACUUCAAAACAAAGUAUGGGAUUGUCCUUGUGUAUCCUGGACAGCCGCUGUUACGGUUAAAGCAAAGUCAUAAUCCCCAUAACCUGCUUGGUGCUGAAGGUGCUGCAUCAAAAGAUGGUCGUUCUGCUGAGAUAAAGCCACAAGCUCAUGUUCACAUGCCACCUGAGGUCUUAGUUAGUAUUGAUUUUCAAGUAGAUGUUCUCAGAUCAUUUUACUUGCUACCAUCAUUAAUGUACCGUUUGGAGUCACUAAUGUUAGCUAGCCAGCUUAGAGAGGAGAUCAAUGGCAAAUGGGGCAACAUUAAAAUAUCAAGUUCAUUGAUUCUAGAAGCACUCACAACACUUAGGUGUUGUGAAAAUUUCUCAUUGGAACGUCUGGAGUUUCUUGGAGAUUCAGUUCUCAAGUAUGUUGUGAGCUCCCAUCUUUUUCUUAAAUAUCCCGAGAAACAUGAAGGGCAAUUAACUGCUCGACGCACAAGGGCUAUUUGUAAUGCAAACCUGCAUAAACUAGGAACAGAACGCAACAUACAGGGAUACAUACGAGACGGUGCAUUUGAACCACGCCGUUGGGCUGCUCCAGGGCAGCAUUCUAGAUUUCCUGAUCCAUGUAAGUGUGGAGUGGAUACUUUAGAAGUACCUUUGGACAGCAGAUUUCAAACUAAAGCUCCUGUUAAGGUUGGAAAGUUCUGUGAUAGAGGUCACAGAUGGAUGAACUCAAAAACCAUAGCUGAUUGUGUUGAGGCCCUCAUUGGCGCCUACUAUGUGGGUGAAGGAUUGUUUGCUGCACUUCAUGUAAUGAAGUGGCUUGGUAUUGAUUCUGAAUUGGAACUCUCAUUAACCAUUGAAGCCAUUACGAGGGCAUCCCUCCGAUCCUACAUUCCGAAAAAUGAUCAAAUUGCUGCCUUGGAGUCGAAGCUUGACUACAAAUUUUCUGUCAAGGGUCUGUUACAGGAGGCCAUAACACAUGCCUCUCAGCAAAAACUAGGUGCCAGCUACUGUUACCAGAGGCUUGAAUUUCUUGGCGAUGCGGUGUUGGAUGUUCUAAUCACACAGCAUCUCUAUCAUAGCCACACAGAUGUCGAUCCAGGAGAGCUGACUGACUUGCGUUCAGCUGCUGUUAGCAAUGAAAGCUUUGCUCGAGCUGCUGUAAGAAGAAACCUUCACCCACAUCUUCAACAUUGCUCUGGGUUACUUCUGAGUCAUAUCACAGAGUAUGAGAAGUUGUGUACAGAAGCUCUCAACAACACCAGCUUAUUGGAAGAGAUAAAAGGUCCAAAGGCUCUUGGUGACAUGGUGGAGAGCAUAGCAGGGGCUAUACUAAUUGAUAGCAAGCUUGAUCUUGAUGAAGUUUGGAGGGUGUUUAAACCACUAUUAUCUCCGAUCGUGACCCCUUCAAGUCUUCAAUUAGACCCGCUACGUAAAUUGAAGGAACGAUGUGAUUCUCUUGGGUACUUCGUGAAAGAAACAUUUACUAAAGAGGAUGCAGUUGUCAAUGCAGAGCUGAGUUUGAAGCUGGAAGAUGUUAUUUUGGUUGGAAAAGGAUACGAACGGAAAGCAAAAGCUGCAAAACAGAGAGCAGCUCGUCAAUUGUUGAAGAAGUUUGAGGGUUACUUGCAGAGGUGCAGAGACAUAUCUUAUGUCCAGUUUGAUUCUAAAAGGAGAAAACUUGAACGUGGGCAUUUGGAUGAUUUAUCAUCCAAAGACAUGAAUAUUGAUACCUGCAGCAAAUUAACUGAUGAUGGUUCUUCAAAGCCAAUCAUGCAUACAAACGAAAACAUGACUCAAAUGUUAUCAUCUGCAGAGUCAAGAGUAGACUCUACACCAGCCAAUGGCUGUUCCAACAAAGUCUUCGGUGACAACAUUGAAAACUCAGGCUUACCUGUUAUUGAUUCGAUCAAUACAAGGAAAGGCGAACCUCGGAAAAUGCUCUACGAACUAUGCCAGAAAUUGCAGUGGCGAAGGCCUGAAUUUACAACAACAGAGGAUAAAUCAAGAACCCCAAUAGAAUUUGGUGAGGGCUCUGAAAAGAGAAAAGGUUUCAGCAGUUUUGUUUCAGACAUCAGCUUGCAGAUACCCAACUUUGGCACUAUUGUAUGCAGAGGAGAACCUAGAGCUGAUAAAAAUAGUUCAUUUGACUCCGCAGUAGUUGCCAUGCUUUACGAGCUUGAACGACGGGGAAGACUUACCAUUGGAUGCUCUUAA